AGUAAGUAAGUAAGUUCUUAUCCAUUUACAAAAUCUGCUCUAGGCAGGACUGCCAUUUAGCUCUGGAAAAUUAUUAACUCAUCAAAGGCUAUUUAGCCACAGUAGUUUUGCUGUGAUCUCACAGCACAAGAAGAUUCAAAUUGGCUGUCCGCUGGAUUUUUAAAAUGCAGGCUGUAGGUUAUGGCUGCUUUCUUAUAUUAUGGAUCUGCUUUUCUGCAGUGGCCAAGGCACAGAAUGGUUGUCCUGGCAGUUCAAUACCCAAAAAUCUAAAUAAUGAACAACCCUCCGACAUAAAAGAUAUCUAUGCAAGUGGAGACGCAUUGAGGUUGUCUUGCCAAGCUGGCUAUGCUGGAUUCCUGAGAAUAAUUUGCACCAAUGGUGAUUGGGAAAUAAGUGGAAGACGCAGAUGUGACCCAAAGCAGUGUGGUCACCCAGGUGAUACACCACAUGGCAACUUCAUGCUUACAAGGGGAGAAGAUUUUGUAUUUGGAUCUCAAGUUGAAUAUACCUGCAAAAAAGGAUACAUAUUGGCUGGAAAGGUAAAUCACCGUAGUUGCAUGGAUCAAGGAUGGGAUAAUGCCAUUCCCAUUUGUGAAGUGGUGAAAUGUAAACCAGUACAAGCAACUGGAGACUUGAUUGCCUCUGGAAAUACUGAGAGCCCUCAAUAUGGCGAUAUAAUACAAUUUGAAUGCCGAACAGAUGAAAAAAAAAUUGAUGGGGAGAAACAAAUUCACUGUACUGAUACCGGUGAAUGGAGUGCAAGUAUUCCACAAUGUGAAGAGAUAACAUGUAAAGUACCAGUGAUACAAAAUGGUUGGGUCACAAACCAAAAGGCAAUUUAUAAGAAAGAUGAUGUCUUAUCAUUUGCUUGUGCUGAACGCUAUACACCUGUGGGAAGACCUUCCACAUGCACUUACCAUGACUGGAGGCCAAAACCACAAUGUGAAGAAAACGUUUGUAGAGUGGAUCCAUUAUCAGAUAUUCAGCCCAAAACCAGAGCAGUAUUUUAUCCUAAAGAAAGUGCUACAAUAGUUUGUAAGGAAUCUUAUAGAACACAGACAAAGAAGCAACGGGAUACAGUGACCUGCGGAGAUAAUGGAUGGUCUUUCAGCACAUUCUGUGAAGAAAUUUCCUGUAGUUUUACACCAGAAGAUAAUGUGGCGUGGCUUGGUUAUGGUCAUUCUGUUCGUCACAAAUCAACGGCACAAUAUUACACCUGCAAAAAUGGAUUCAGAAAAUCGAGUCGCUCUACUUGUGAAAUUACGGGCUGGGAGCCCCCAGUGUGUCAAGCAAUAACAUGUGAUCCAAAGAUCCCUAAUGCUAUCAUUCUGAGUGGAAUUAAAAAAUACACAUUGGGUGAGCGUCUGGAUUAUGAAUGUGAACUAUUUCACGAACCAAAAGGAAAGCAAGAAACGUUCUGUAGGGAGAGUGGCUGGGAAAAAAAGCCCGACUGUAAAGCAAUAAAAGGUUUUUGCCAAAGACCUGUUCUUGAGAAUGGAUAUCUCAUCCCAGACAAAAGCAGUUCUUCUGUCAUUCAUUACGGUUGCAUUCCUGGUUAUAAACCCUCAGUGGAUGGUUGGUGGGGGGAAUUGACCUGCACGAAUAGUGUAUGGUCUGACAAUCCAAAGUGCAUUGGUGAAAAUGAAUGUGUUCCUCCAACAACUCCAAAAAAUGCAAUACUGAAAGAAAGAAAAGAUGUGUAUUCAAAUGGUGAAUUUUUGACAUAUGAAUGUGAUGAUGGAUACAAAAUGGAAAGCAAUGAUCGGAUAAAAUGUGUGAAUGGGAGUUGGGAGUCGGCACUGCCAAUAUGCAAACCAUCUGAUACAAUGUGUGAUCCUCCCCCACGUGUUGAAUAUGCGACAAUUACAACGAAAUAUAAGACGAAAUAUGCUCAUCCAACCAAAAUGGAAUUUCAGUGUACAGAAUUGUAUGAAAUUGAGGGGAACAGAGAAGUCACCUGCAGACAUGGAACAUGGAGUGCUGUCCCAAAAUGCAUUCGGUCAAAAUGCUCAAGCCCAGAGGACAAGGUCAACAAUGCAGUGCUUGUACAUAAGAAAGAAGGACCAUAUGAAAAUGGAGCAAAAGUGGACUAUGAAUGUGAAGACACGUUUAUCCCUGGAGAUGAAACUAAAGCAAUAUGUAUAAAUGGACAAUGGAAGUAUCCACAUUGCACAAAAAAAGAUUACUGUGAAAAACCUGACCUGCCACAUGGAUAUGUGGAGUCCCCCAAAAAAACAUACAUGGAAGGCGAAAUGCUGGAAUAUAGAUGCUACAGUCCAUGUGAACCCAAAACUAACAACAGUAUCACUUGUAAAAAUGGACAAUGGGAUGGCCAGGUGGAGUGUAUAUGUCCACAGAAAACGUGUCAGAAGCCACCAGUCCCGGAAAAUGGAGAUAUUGUAUCAACAGAGGUGGAAAACGGAGAGACUGUAGUUACGUAUCAAUGUAAACUCCAGUAUAAACUUAAAGAUGAGAGAAAAGUAAGAUGCCACGAGGGGGAAUGGAAACCAUUUCCAGUUUGUAUAGGUCCUUGUGUGAUAGAAACAAUAAAUCCAGAGUAUAAUCUUAAGGAUCUAAAAGAAAGGACAUAUGUGUUAGAGGGGAAAAAAAUCAAAAUGAAAUGCAAAGAUAAUUAUUAUAUCAACCGUUGGGUUGAUAAUUUUGAAGUCAAGUGCGAAGAUGGCGAGAUUACAGGCUACAGGACAUGCCAGUACUAUACCAAAUUAUAUUAAGAAUACGACUGGGGCGUUAUUGUUAUCAACUAUCAGUUUGAUGCUGUCGAAAGAUCAUCAUGGAUUUAUAUUUCUUGACUUGGAUUUAUAUUUCUGGACUUCAUUGUUUCUUUUGGUAUACCACUUUUAAUUUGUCCUCCAUUUCUGCAAGGCUAAAAAAAAUGAUAACCAAGCUCUAGAUAUCAUACUUCACUUAAAUUGUCUGCAAUUUUACAAUACAUCAUGGAGCUUCAUAAAUCAUCAAAUUUGCUGAAUCAUAAUCAACAACUUAGGUUGUAUCAUGCAUUUAUGAUUAACUGUUUUGUUUUAAAUUCAUACAAUUAUGAACCAGUGUCACCACAUUUGGUAAACUAUCCAGAGUGAGAUUUUCAGCAUGAGUGCAUCUUCCUUGCAUGCAUGCACAUGCACACGGCUUACAUUUAUUGUGCACAUCAUUUUUACCUUUAGUUUAAGAACAUACAACAUUUUUCUAAUUUAUUAGAAAACAUUAUGAAAAAACAUUUUUUUCAUGAUGUUUAUUUAUGUACUCCCAAUUUUAGAUUUGUAAUCAAACAAUUCACACGUGGUUAAAGUUAACAUUUUUACACAUUUCAUUCAGUUUCCCCAUUACAGCAAAUUACAGCAGUUUUUAUACAUAAUCCCCAUUUUAGGGAACCAUAACGUUGGGGCAUAAUAAUGUUACAUAAAUGAAAGUAGUCAUGUUUAUUACUAUCAUUUGCAUGCACUGACUGUUUGAAGUCUGUGACCCAUAGACAUCACCAGUUGCUGGGUAUCUUCUCUGGUGAUGCUCUGCCAGGCCUGUACUACAGCUUGUUUUGGCAGCUAGUUUCCAAGUUUUCUCUUCAGCAUAUGAAAAUCAUGUUCAAUUUUAUUCAGAUUGGGAGUAAGUUUUUCAGUUUUUGUCUUUGAAAAAUAAAUUUGUUGCUUUAGCAGUAUGUUUGGGAUCAUUGUCUUUCUGGAGGAUAAAGCACCGUCCAAUGAGUUUUAAAGCAUUUGAUUGAACUUAGAUAAAUGGCUUCUGUACACUUCAGAAUUCAUUCUGCGGUUGAUAUCAGCAGUUACAUCAUCAGUGAAUACAAGUGAGCCAGUACCUGUGAUAACCAUGGUUUGGGAAAAUAUGUUUCCCAGGUGUGGUGGGGUGAGGGGAGGGGGGUGCUUUGGAUCUUGGGAAGUUCCUUUUGGCCUCCACUCUUUGCCAUCACACUGAUACAAGUCUAUUUUGGUCUCAUUUGCUCUUCUUAGCAAACUGAUACCUGGCCAUCCUGUUUUUGUCACUAACAAGUGCUUUGCAUAUUGCAGUGUAGCUUCUGUAGUUCUGUCUGCAGUGUUACUGACACAUCCACACCUGCCUACUGAAGAGUGUUUCUGAUCUGUCAGACAGGUGUUUGGGGUUUUUUCUUUAUUACAGUUAUAAUCCUUCGGUCAUCAACAUUCGAGGUGUUCCUUGGCCUCCCUUUGCGAUUACUGAGUUCACCAGUGGUCUCUUUCUUCCUAAUGAUUUUCCAAACAGUUAAUUUUGGUAAGCCUUAGGUUUGGCCUAUGCUUUUGACUGUUCUGUCUUAUUUUUCAGCCUUAUAAUGGCUUCUUUAACUUUGUCACUCUAGAAAUGUGAAAUUGGAAACCCUCUUAUGAAUAAGCAUACCAGGAAAAAUACAGAAUCAUAACCAUAAUCAGUUAAACAAUAUUUUCCAUCAAAUUCUUUCAUGAAUCAUAUUAUACAAGAUCAAAAUUAAAUGACUACUGAGCUUCUCCUCAGCCUUCUUAACAUACAUUCAUGCAUGAAACUAAAAGCGAAAUACUAAAUAAAAAAUGUUCUGGCAAAGGAAAUUAAGUCUCUUAACUAGAGAGAUUUUAAAAGGAAACUUUUAAAAAAAUGCAUUGUAUAUGUAAGGCUCUGAAUAAAUAUUUAACAGAAUAAAAACAUAUGUAAUUUAUGCCAUUAUGUCAUUAACUUAUGUAGUUUAUGCCAUUAUGAUGUGCCAAUUUUUUCAUGUUUUUAGAACAAAUAACUAGCAUUAAGAAAAUAAAAACACUACAGGAUAUAUAGAAAUAAUUGUGCAUUUCCCUCUUAGGACAGGGUACUUAGGACAGGUACAGGCUUUUUCUUUAGUAACCAUUUCCUACAUUGAUAACUAAGUACCACAGAAACUAGCACACAAAUCCUUUUGCACCAGGUUCAGGGAAAAUGGAUUAAAUGUUUUGGCUAGCUGUUUACAAAGACAAUAUAACACUGUUCUACCCACGCUGAAAUGUUUGAAUUAUUGCACUGUAUGUUGAGGAAACAAUAUAUUAUUCAUUGCUAAUAAAAAUUCUUAAA